CCGAAUAGAAAAGUUAAAAGAGAAAAAUCUAGUAUCUUGUUUUCAUGGGUCUAAUCCUUCCCGGGAAAACUCCAACCGUCGCAUUGUCAAAUUGUAUUAUUUAUAUAAUUUAUAUAUUUAUUCUUUCCGGCUGAAAUUUAAAUACAACAAUCUGUAACAGAUAAUUUCGACCUCCAAGAAAGCAUUUGCUUCCUUUCAAAGCCAUCGAUGGCAGCUCAAUCUCUUGCCAGAACCCUAAUUCUUUCUUCAACCCUAACCCCUAAUAUCAACCCACCAUCCUUCAACUGCCUCAAGUCUAUGGCCCCGACGGUGAGCACAACAACCACCUUAGCUCCGCCACAGAGACGAACCAUGUCUGCGUUCGAAGCUCGAAUCUCCCUUGUAUUCGCUCUCGCUUCUCAAGCUUCCUCUGUCUCUCAACGACGUAAAUUUUUGAUGGACUUGGCCUCAGAGACUGCAAAAUACGUGUUUCCGAAGAGGUUUGAGAGCCAGAACUUGGAGGAAGCGCUAAUGGCAGUCCCUGAUCUUGAGACGGUGAGGUUUAAGGUUUUGAAUAGGACAGACAAGUAUGAGAUAAGGGAAGUAGAGCCUUAUUUUAUAGCUGAGACAACAAUGCCAGGGAAGACUGGAUUUGAUUUUAAUGGUUCAUCCGAGUCUUUCAAUGUGUUAGCUGAGUACCUGUUUGGUAAGAAUACUAGUAAGGAGAAAAUGGAGAUGACUACCCCUGUUAUUACAAGUAGGACUAGAUCUGAUGGGGAGAGGAUGGAAAUGACAACACCUGUGAUAACGAAGAAGGUGGAAAAUCAAGAUAAGUGGCAGAUGUCUUUUGUCAUGCCAUCCAAGUAUGGCUCCACUCUGCCAUUACCUAAAGAUCCUUCUGUGAGGAUCAAGGAGGUGCCAAGGAAAGUAGUUGCAGUUGUUGCUUUCUCAGGUUUUGUCACUGAUGAAGAAGUUAAACGAAGGGAAUUGAGAUUAAGAGAUGCUCUGAAAAAUGACAGGGAGUUUCGAGUUAAAGAUGUUGCUUCAGUGGAAGUUUCACAGUUUUGGUUGCAGUACAAUCCACCAUUUAUGCUUCCAUUUACCCGCCGUAAUGAGAUAGCACUGGAACUAGAAAAGAAGGAAGAAUAGCUCUGGAUAAUGAAUUCUAGAACCCUCAGGUAUCUGCUUACUGAAUAUGCAAUGUUUUCCCUGUAAACUCAGUAACACACUUGUUUAAUAUUUGCCUGGCCAGGUGGUAUACGUGACCAAUCCAUCUAUAUGAUUGUACACAUUUGUUCAGUUAUCCUUCUGGAACUCAAUUAGACAUAACUACUGAUGUAUAUAGUAGUGGAAGACUAGCAAACUAAGUUGAUGGUUAGUGGUUUUACAAUGCAGAUUUUGUUUGGAUUUUGGUCAUCUCGAACUGUUGAUUCAUAUAUGUCACAGUACAUUGCAAUUUCUUUUCUAAAAACAAUGGAUCGGAAUGUCUUUAAAUGAAGAA